UUGUCCGUCAAGGUACUUCGAGUAGCGUCUCUAUCUGAUUACAGCAUAAUCGUGCAGCUUGCGUGGGUAUCACAGUGGCAUAAAGCGCACGCAGAAGACGAAUCGUAUUGUCAAGUCGGCAUAUUUGACAUUUACUUACCGGUUGUCUACGGCACGAGUGCCUCACACUGCCCCGCUUCCUCCUAA